GGAGCAGGGGUCCCCAAACUAAGGCCCGGGGGCCGGAUGCGGCCAUCCAAGGCCAUUUACCUGGCCCCCGUCCUCAGUUUUAGACGUAGGCUCGCCCAAAGUCUGAAAUAUCUUGAAGGCACAACAACAACAAUCCUACUUGAUUCUCUCAUUGGCCAGAAGCAGGCCCACACUUCCCACUGAAAUCCUGAUAAGUUUACAGAAGGACAAAUCCCAUCAUUAAUGCAAAAUGAGGCAACUACAACUUCAGAAGACAGCAAGGACACCCAAGCUGCCCAUCUUGGACCCUCAAGCCAUUUCCACUCCAGAAAGAUGGAAACAGGCCUGCCACAUGGCCUAUCAUGAACCACCGUCUUCUGUGAUGGAAGAUGCAAGGGCUGAAUUGGAUCCAGGAAUUGAUACCCUUCUCUCCAUUGAAAGACUUCUACAACUAUUGCAACAGGGUGGAAAGUAAAGUGAAGCAAGCGAUGGUAGGAAGGCCUUAAGGACAAAUGCAGACCACAGAAGAAUCCUAAAACCUCAGAAAUUGUCAAGCAGCUUGUUGCAAAUGGAAAGACAGAAGAGCUCCAAAAAUGUUUUGGUUCACGGAUGGAAUUUGGAACCGCAGGACUCCGAGCAGCCAUGGGAGUAGGAACAUCUCAGAUGAAUGAUUUGACUAUUAUUCAGACCACUCAGGGAUUUUGUAGGUAUCUUGAAAAGAGUUUCAGUGACCUAAAGAAAAGGGGAGUAGUAAUUAGCUAUGAUGCUCGGGCUCAUCCUUCAAGUGGAGGCAGCAGCAAAAGAUUUGCAAGACUUGCUGCAACAACAUUCAUCAGUCAAGGUGUUCCUGUAUACCUUUUUUCUGGUAUAACACCAACUCCUUUCGUGCCCUAUACAGUGACCCAUCUGAAGCUUUGUGCUGGAAUUAUGGUUACUGCAUCUCAUAAUCCCAAGCAGGAUAAUGGAUACAAGGUUUAUUGGGACAAUGGUUCUCAGAUCAUUGCUCCUCAUGAUAAAGGAAUUGCACAAGCUAUUGAAGAAAACCUAGAGCCCUGGCCUCAAGCCUGGGAUGACAGCCUGAUUGAUAAGAGUUCCCUUCUCCAUGAUCCGUAUGCAUCUAUUAACAAGGACUACUUCAAAGACAUACAGAAACACUGCUUUCACAGGAACAUAAACAAGGAGACAAAGCUGAAAUUUGUCCAUACCUCUGUGCAUGGUGUAGGCCAUGAAUUUGUGCAGUCAGCCUUUAAGGCAUUUGACUUUAUCCCUCCAUUUGCUGUUCCUGAGCAGAAAGAUCCUGAUCCAGAAUUUCCAACAGUAAAAUACCCAAAUCCUGAGGAGGGUAAAGGCGUACUGACACUGUCCUUUGCUUUAGCCAAAAAAGAAGGAGCUCAGAUCAUUUUAGCCAAUGACCCUGAUGCUGAUCGGCUUGCUGUUGCAGAGAAACAAGAAGGUGGUGAAUGGAAAGUUUUUUCUGGCAAUGAAUCGGGAGCUCUUUUAGGCUGGUGGCUCUUCACUUGCUGGAAAAAUCAGAAUCGGAAUCCUGGUGCCGUCAAAGACAUAUACAUGCUAUCUAGCACUGUGUCCUCCAAAAUACUACGAGCUAUCGCACUUAAAGAAGGCUUUCACUUUGAGGAAACAUUAACAGGAUUCAAGUGGAUGGGAAAUCGAGCAAAGCAGCUCCUAGACCAAGGAAAAACUGUCUUAUUUGCUUUUGAAGAAGCUAUUGGGUAUAUGUGCAGCCCUGUAGUUUUGGAUAAAGAUGGUGUCAGUGCUGCAGUCAUAACUGCAGAGAUGGCCAGUUUUCUGGCAGCAAAGAAUAUAUCAUUGUCUCAGCAACUGAAGAACAUUUACAAUGAGUAUGGCUUUCAUGUUACCAAAGCUUCAUAUUUUAUCUGUCACGAUCAGAAGAUCAUUAAGGAACUGUUUGAGAAGCUUAGAAACUGUGAUGGAAAGAGCACAUACCCAAAGACCUGUGGGAGAUUUUCAGUGUCUGGAGUCAGGGAUCUCACUACUGGGUAUGACAGUAACCAGCCUGAUAAAAAAGCUGUUCUCCCUUCAAGUAAGAGUAGCCAGAUGAUAACAUUCACUUUCAAUAAUGGAUGUGUGGCAACUAUGCGGACAAGCGGGACUGAACCUAAAAUCAAAUACUAUGCAGAGCUUUGUGCACCUCCUGGGAACAGUGACUUUGAAAAAUUGAAGAAAGAACUGGAUGAAUUGGUUGAUGCUAUUGAAAAAUAUUUCUUUGAGCCAGAAAAGAAUAAACUGCAGUCCAAGCCAGAGUAAUUUUUCUGUCUCUGUUUCAGUCACUCAUAAUGUUGAUACAAGAACAGUGGUUUAAUAAACAUUGCUGUACUUUUAGCCUUUGAGAAGCACUUGUGUAUGGGGUUUCUCCCUGAUCAUCUGUAUUUUAAGAGGCAAAAUAUGUCUUCCCUGAGGAAAUUCGUUUUAAACUAAAGUAACUUCUUGUUAAAAUUGAUUUUUUUGUAAAAUCAUUUUUGGUGUGAAUUUGUACAAGACCUUCCUAUAACACAUAACUGGAUUUACAGACAACAAUGAAUUCUACCACAACUGCCAUGUUCUCCUGAUAUAUCUAAAUGCCUCUUUACUCUCUUUACCUCUUUACUGUCUUGUGGUUCUCUGCCUAUUUUCUUACUUUGUUUCAAUUCUCCUGUAUGUCAAAUCUUUUCACUUGUAAGCAGAAGAACAGGACCUCUUGUUUUAUGUUGAAUACAUUGUUACUGCAGAGGCUCUAAAAAUAAAGAUCAACUUUAUCGGGGGUGCUUUGAAUGCGAUUUCCUGCUUCUUAGCAGGGGGUUGGACUGGAUGGCCCAUGAGGUCUCUUCCAACUCUGCUAUUCUAUGAUUCUAUGAUUCUAACUGUGGAAAAUUGAUACAGUCAAUCAGAUUUCAGACAGUGUACAGAGAAGACAAGCCCUGUUUGUUUAUUGUUUUAGUUUUCAAAUAUGUAAGAUAACAUCACUUGGAAUAGUUUCGCGAGAGCAGAGUAUUUACAGUUAGCAUAUCUCAAUGGCAACACAGCAUUGUUUAGACUUAAUUUUGCAAAACAAUUACUGUGUACAGCUAGUCUGUGUGAAAAUUCUAAAGAAAUUAAACAACUGUUUUCCCCAUGGAAAUACUCUUUUUUUUUUUGAAAGUCUUCAGCUGUACAAGUAGGAUUUGUGGUACUUAUAUUUCUUAUGUUACCCUUUCCUUUUUAUUUUGUACUUUCCCCUCUUCUGUCCUGUUCAGAGCCUGCUAUGAUCAAUCAUAACCUACUGUUGUCUUUUGUGAACCAAAUUCUGUUUUCCUUUAACUGGAGAGAAAGCUUCCUAUGCCUAUGCUUCCUUUUUGCGCUCUGCCUCCCUUCUUUUAAUACAAUACAAUUCAAUGAUUCUAUAUUGUGCUUUUCCUGCUUGGCAGGGGGUUGGGCUACAUAGCCCAUGUGGUCUCUUCCAACACUCUAUGAUUCUAAUUCAUAAUGCUGGCAUUUUGCUCUGUACAUUUGAUGUAUAAAUAUAUCAGUGCUAUUAAAAUGAUAUCACUUUUAUUAUUUAAA